GCUGGACUCUAUUGUCAACUCCGGUGAGCUUACCUACUUGCUAUAUACAGAACCUUACUCCUAAGACUAACAAAACAUCUAGACACCGUCGAACAGAGCUGAAAAGACAUCGAAGUCGACGAAGAUACCAAAAGCACCAUUAAAAAACUCGUAGACCUAGCCAGCUCAGACCCAAAGUCCCAAUAUGGCCUCUUAAGCAAGUCUCGCAUUCGCGGCGCCUUGCUCUACGGCCCGCCAGGGACAGGAAAGACACAACUGGCGCGAGUCUUGGCGCACGAGUACAAAGUGGUGAUGAUACACGUCUCCGCGGCAGAGCUUGAAAGCAAGUGGGUAGGGGAAUCGGAGAAGCUGAUCAAGGCUCUCUUCAACCUCGGCUCGAUGGUUGCUCCCAGCAUCAUAUUCAUCGACGAAGCAGAUGCCCUGUUCCGGAAGCGUGGCCCGGACGACCGGAGCUGGGAACGGAGUCGUCUCAAUGAGUUGCUAAACCAGCAAGACGGGUUGAAAGGCUCUAAGAUGCCGCCAUUCUUGCUACUUGCGACGAACCAUCCGAACGACCUGGAUGACGCUGUAAUGCGCCGUGUACCUGCGCGUUUAUUCAUCGGCUUGCCAACUCGCGCUGCUCGUGAGAAAAUCUUCGGCAUAUUCCUCCGAGACGAGAAGGUAGACUCAAGCGUCAAUCUCUCACACCUAGCCGGUCGCACCGCCGGCUUCACCGGAUCAGACAUAAAGACAAUCUGCACCCAAGCAGCGCUUAUCUGCCAAGACGAACUCGACAAGUCGGAAAAGUAUAGUGAAACCCGGGUGCUCACCAAGGGGCACUUCGACGCCGCGUUGGCCCGAACCGGUCCGACCGUUUUCGAUGGCGCCAUCCAGCAGAUCCGAGACUUCGCGAAGAAAUUCGACCCUUCUGCAAUUCAGAAGAUGGACAGAGCAGGCAGAGCCCAAGAAAUCCCUGACCCACCGCAGAAAAACAUCGCCGAUCCGGGACUUGCAACUUUAGAUGAUAGAUGGAGGAAGUACCCGUUGGUCCGUGUGCAUCCUUUAAAGGACCAACGGGUACGACAGCAUUCCAGGCAGCAAGAGACCUAAGAUGAAUGACUUUUUAGAUAGAUUCAGAAAUCCGCCUGGAAGCGUGGAUUUCGAAGACGAGUUGCUCAAGUUUAAGCAAUAUGUUGGAUAAAAAGAUACCUUAGGUACAUAAUAGGACGUGGCAGGACCUGUGGUGCAGGGUUAACCCAAUAUACAGGUUAGAUUAGUUAAACUUGGGUUAAGAAAGACACUGCAUUUGGCGAUAACAGAAUACAACAGGAAUUUUUAAC